AUGGAGGAGACAACAAAGUCGCGAGAUAGCGGAACAUUUCAGCGGCCCGAAUUUCCCAAAACCUUAGAGGGAUUUGGAUAUCAUUUCACGGAAAAGGGGGAACUCAGGAAUAUUGAGACAGAUGAUCGUUUUGUCUUUGUAAUACGAGAAGGUGAUCGAGCAUACAAUCAAGCCCACUACGAAGCCUUGGGCGACGUAGUCGCGCAAUAUAUCGAAGAUCGUUUAGUGACAAAGUAUGGCUUUAUUCGUCAGCCUGUGCCAAUUGAAGCAGCGGAUGAUCCCACGAUACCUCACAGUUGGAUAUACUUGAGCCCCAAUUCGAACAAGUGUGAAAAGCUAAUGCUGCUGAUUCAAGGAAGCGGUGCUGUCCGACCUGGUCAAUGGGCUCGACAAGUGAUAAUCAACGAUUCUCUUCAGAUGGGUUCAAUGUUUCCGUAUAUAGAAAAAGCUCAAGAACAGGGUUUUGGCAUCAUAAUCCCUAAUCCUAACGUGAAUUAUGCGCCCGUAAAGUCUUUUGAACGUCAGCGCAUAGAAGGUUCCGGAACUCCACCUGGACAUUGUCUUUACGUUUGGAAGCAUUUCGUCGGACCAGCAAAAGCAGAGAAAAUCGUGAUAGUAGCACAUAGUUAUGGUGGAAUCUGUACGGCACACCUGAUCAUGGAACUUGGCGAUGAAUUUUGUAGUCGUGUCAAGGCUAUCGCUCUCACGGACAGUGUUCAUAGCAAGUCCUUGAUACAUGAAGCUAGGCGGUCAUGGUUUUCCGAUGUCGCCAUUAACUGGAUUACUUCAUCUAUGCCGUUGGAUACACCUAUCCCUGAUGCAAGAGAGUACAAUGCCUGUCCUUGUUUUUCAGCUGGUCACAAGAAGCACGAAUAUACUUCAGGCACCGCAUUCCCAGCCGUCUUCAAGUUUAUUAAUUACGCGUUGACGAAACCUGCAGCAAAACCAUCUGAUUACCCUCUGAAAGAGACUACAAUUCUUGAUGCAAUCAGCACGAAUAUCUCCCAAGCGAUCAUAAUGGUGAAGUCAAUAUUUUCUUUAGACUGGUUUCAGGACACUAGCCAAACUCAAACGAGUAACCAGCCGCCUCCUGGCGAACCAGCAGUGAAACCACAGCAAGACAGAAAAGACGAUAAGUUAUGA